AGUCAGCAGAGCUAUCAAACCUUUUGCAGAGCCAGGACGCCCGCCUGACUGGUUUUCCCAAAAGCACUGUGCAUCUCAGUAUUCAGAGCUCUUGGAGACCACGGAGACCCCUAAGAGAAAACGUGGUGAGAAAGGAGAAGUUGUGGAAACUGUGGAAGAUGUUAUUGUGCGGAAACUAACUGCAGAACGAGUUGAGGAGUUGAAGAAAAUGAUUAAAGAAACACAGGAGAAAUACAGGCAACUCAAGAAGGAUGCAGAGCUGAUCCAGGCCGGACACAUGGAUAACAGACUGGAGGAGCUGUGCAAUGAGAUUAUGAUAAAGAAAAAAAUGGAGGAGGAGGAGGCAGAAGUCAAGAGGAAGGCUACAGAUGCUGCUUAUCAGGCUCGUCAGGCCAUUAAGAAUCCGCCACGACGAUUAACGGGUGUGAUGGUUCGCUCCCCUGCAGGCUCAACCUCCCCAGGGGGAGACUAUGCUCUGGGAGAUCUGUCUCAGCCCGCUGUGGAUGAGGCCAGUCCGGCGGUCACUCCAGGGACAUUGCCCAGCACCCCAGUUGCCUCCUUCAUUGGAAUCCCUGACACCCCUCCAGGCUCUGCUCCCCUGGAUGCCCCCAUGACCCCAGUCACUGAUGAUUCACCCCAGAAAAAGAUGCUAGGACAAAAAGCAACUCCGCCUCCUUCCCCUCUGCUCUCAGAGCUGCUGAAGAAGGGCAGUCUCCUGCCCACAAGCCCCAGGCUGGUUGGUGAAAAUGAAAUGGCCGUGGCUUCUGGUCACAUGAACAGCUCAGGAGUCCUACUGGAGGUAGGAAGCGUCCUUCCAGUGCUGCACAGCGGGGAAAUGCAGUCGGCACCUGGUGCUGUCCCUGCAUCUCCUGCUGCUUCAGAGCCUGUGCCACAGGCAACCAUUGUCAUGAUGCCCACGCUGUCAGCACCAUCCGUUGUGCCACCAGCUGCAGCUCCAGAAAGCGUAGCCACAGUGAGCCAGCCAGAAGCCUGUGUUUCCAUGGAGGCAGUGUCUGAUUCCCAUACUGUGACAGUGUCCAUGGACAGCAGUGAAAUAUCCAUGAUCAUUGAUUCCAUCAAGAAAGAGUGCCUGGGUUCUGGGGCUGGCAGCACUGCAGGGGCUUCCAAAGAUCACUGCAUGGAUGGGAAAGAAGACCUGGAUUUGGCUGAGAAAAUGGAUAUUGCAGUGUCCUACACAGGGGAAGAGCUGGACUUCGAUACUGUUGGAAAUAUUAUAGCCAUCAUUGAGGACAAGGUAGACGACCAUCCUGAAGUCCUGGAUGCAGCGGUUGUUGAAGCUGCUCUGUCUUCUUUCUGCGAAGACACUGAUGACCCUCAGACCCUGCCUGGUCCAUGGGAACACUCAAUUCGUCAGGAGCACGAGAAGCAGGCCCAAAUACCCCAAGUGUCUGUGACUGUGAAGCAGGAGAGACUGGAGUGUGAGGAGCCAGAGGCAAAGGGAAUUCGAGAUCUAAUGGGCAUUGGAGAGCUGGGAUCAGAAAUAAAGACAGAACCUGCAGAGCAGGAGCAGAAUCAGCUGGGCCUUGAGGAAACCGUACCAGCAAGUGCAAGAGUGACUGAAACACCAGAGCUUAUAAGUCAAGAGAUAGUAGAGGAUCAAAGAGAAGCUGUAGCAACAGGAGAGACUGCUGAAAUUGAGAUAGAGUCGGCCAAGGGAGAAGACAUGGUGCACAACACGGUGAAGACAGAGACCCCACCUGAUGAUGAUUCAUCCCCUCCACAAGUCCCAAAUGUGAGUGAAGACUCCUCACAGGCUGAUGUUCAGCACAAAUUUGAGCUGUCAGAGUCAAUGAAGGAGGAGGCCCAAGCCCUCUUUAGGAGUCAGAUGAAGGAUGGGCAGGGCGAAGAGGAUGAUGAGGAUGGUGCCAGUGAGGCUGCCAGUUUGGAAGAACCCAAAGAAGAAGAUCAGGGUGAGGGAUAUCUGUCAGAGAUGGAUAACGAACCCCCUGUGAGUGAGAGCGAUGAUGGCUUCAGUGUCCAUAACGCACCUUUACAGUCUCACACGCUAGCUGACUCCAUCCCCAGCAGCCCAGCCUCCUCGCAGUUCUCAGUAUGCAGUGAGGACCAGGAAGCGAUACAAGCCCAGAAGAUCUGGAAGAAAGCCAUCAUGCUAGUUUGGAGAGCGGCAGCUAAUCACAGGUACGCCAAUGUCUUCCUGCAGCCUGUAACUGAUGACAUAGCACCAGGCUACCACAGUAUUGUGCAAAGGCCAAUGGAUUUAUCUACCAUCAAAAAGAACAUUGAGAAUGGGCUGAUACGAACUACAGCUGAGUUCCAGCGUGAUAUUAUGCUGAUGUUUCAAAAUGCCGUUAUGUACAACAGCUCUGACCAUGAUGUGUACCACAUGGCUGUGGAGAUGCAGCGAGAUGUCCUGGAGCAGAUCCAGCAAUUUCUGGCCACACAACUGAUCAUGCAAACAUCGGAGUCAGGGAUCAGUGCAAAGAGCCUGCGUGGGCGAGACUCCACUCGCAAGCAAGAUGCAUCGGAGAAGGACGGUGGCACUAGAGGGCGUCGCUGUGCCAUCGAGGCAGACAUGAAGAUGAAGAAAUGACGCUGCAGGCAGACAGAAGAUCCCGGCACCUUGCGUCAAGAGCUGGAGUGCAAGCAAGAUGCUGCUAACAGCUGUCGGAGGAGGAAGAAAAGCUCCAGGUCCAUUUCUGGGACCUGGUCCACCUUCUUUGCUUGCCCUUCUGGAAAGCAGUGUCUCGUCGGAACGUGUAACCCAAAGAAACUUCCCCAGAGGGGAAGACUAGCCCCCUGCCUGUUUUAGGGCAGUUGUCUUGGGCUUCAUCAGUGUUCUGGUGUUAGCUAGCAGCUGGUGGCUCGUAUGUACUGUAAUGUGAAGUGUACAGAUUUUUACUAGUGAUGUGUAAAUGUGUAUGUAUAUUAAAGUCUGGG